CUCUGAAGUACGCAUGCCCGGGCAGAUGCUCUCCAUUCACAAUCUGCAAGAUGGCGAUGGGGAAGCUGGCCAGCGUUUUCAUCCUCUUCGCAACAUGCUGCUGCAGGUCGCUGGCAGUGGAACUGACCUCUAAUAACAAGCACCCUGUGGUGAACGAGUUCCAGAGUGUUGUGUUGUCCUGCAAUAUAAAGUCCAUUUCCACUCCUGACCCCAGAAUUGAGUGGAAAAAGUUCCGGGGUGGAGAGACCACCUUUGUUUAUUUCCAGGGUAAAAUUUCAGGAGCAUUGGAGAACAGAGCGGAGUUGACAGAGACCACAUCUAUAUUAAUUCACAACACGACCAGAACGGACUCGGCCAUCUACCGCUGUGAGGUGUCAGCCCACGAGGAUGUGAAAAAAUUAGACGAGCUGUCCAUUGAGCUAACUGUACAAGUAAAGCCAGUGGUGCCGAGGUGCAGUGUGCCCCAGUCUGUGCCCGUGGGGAAGUCUGCAUCUCUGACGUGUGUGGAGACUGAGGGCUUUCCACUGUCUACCUACCACUGGUACCGCAACAACGAGCCCCUUCCUGCCAACCCCAACAGCAGCCCCAAAUUCAUCAACUCCUCCUACACAGCGGAUCCCAAGGAUGGGACUCUGAAAUUCAGUGAGGUGAAAAAGGUCGAUGCCGGAGAGUAUUACUGUGUGGCCAGAAACCCCGCAGGAACGGCCCGAUGUGGACCCCAGCUGAUGGAAGUCUAUGAUAUUAACAUUGCUGGGAUCGUGGGAGGCGUGCUGGUGGUGUUGACUGUUCUGGUGUUGAUCGCAGUUGGGAUCUCUUGUGCAUAUAAAAGAGGUUACUUCGUAAGCAAGCAGCAGACAGGAAAAAAUUACAAACCCGCUGGUAAAGGAGACGCGGUGGAUCACGCAAGACCAGACGAGGAGGGAGAUUUCCGACACAAAUCCUCUUUUGUUAUUUGAAAACCCAGCGAACAGAAGACGAAGACAGGAGAAAAGUCAAAAGCAAAACACCUCCUCACUGAGCUCUUUGGCUUGUGUAAUAGCGAAAUGAGCGCUAGUGAAAAAGCAUUUUUGAAGAAGUGUGUGCUACGAAAGUACAUGAGUUUGCCAAAGGUUAUGACAGCUAUUAUCACAAAAGAGAGGGAGGGAGGGGGUUUCCUAUUUAACAGCUAACCUCAGCACUAAGCGCAUGCUUUUCCUUAGCAGAUUCUUCAGAGCUUUAGGUCUAAAGAAACCAAUAGAAACUUUUGCUUUUGACCCUGUUUAUUAACAACAGCGUGCUAACGAGUUAAUUUAAUUGUAGGUUAGGGUAUGUACAGUACAUUUUAAUAUACUGUAUACCAAAGUCAUUUUGUCAAAUGCUCCAUUAAAAUAUGAUUGAAAUAAUAAGAGCCAGAAGCACAAGAAUCGUGCUCGAUUUCAAACAGAAUUAUUCUGCAAUGUUUUCCUUUGUGUUGUAGCUCACUAUAAUAAAAAGUACUCCCACACGCGCCAACAAGAGUACUCUCCCAACCACUGCAGGUUGGCUUCUAGCAUGUGCACAGGUUUGGAAGCUCAGUUUAAAAAGCGAAUGUUAAUAUUGGAAACAUCUGGCUAAAUACCUAUUGUUGUUAUUUAUAUAAUGUGUACCUUUUUUUUUUUUUUAAUCAGCAAAGUUUCAGUUGAACUAUUUUUGAUGGAAUAUAUUUUAAAAUGCCUAUAGACAAAAGUUUUACUUUUUAUAAUACUUGUAUAAUACUAACACUAAAUCCAAUUUUUUUUUUUUUUUUUUUUUUUGAAAGAUAUAGUUUAGUUCUGAAAGUAACUUUCACAUUUAUAACCACUCUGUAUGCAAGUUUUAUAAUUUUUCAAAAGUUAAGUGUUAACCAAUAGAUGACAAUGGUUGUACGUUGUUCAGUCCUACUACAGCAUAUCAAAGUACUGGAUUUGUGAACACCCAUAUUACACAAUAUGAAAGUAUUGGGUACUCCUGCUGUUUACAUCUACAGUGGUAAUAAGAUGUAUUUACAAGUUUCUUUAUAGUGCUAGAGUGUAUAUGUGUUACCAGUUAUGGGUGAAUUUCAUGUAUGGUAUAAAUGUAAAGGACCACCCAAAAGUGUUGGUUAAUGUAUAUUGUUAAUGUACAGUCUUAUGGGAGGUAAGGAAGAAAUGUUCACGAGAUCCCAGUUUGAUUCAGGUGGACACAGUCUUCUUGGAUCGUUGCAGUGUGUUCUUAAUUUUAAGUGCCCUUCUGUGCCUGCUAACUGUGUAAAUAUUGAAUAUUCAAUCCUUUUGAUGGCUUUUUUUUUUUUUUAAGUUGGUAUAGAAAUGAUAGCAAUAUUAUUAAAAUAAAAGCACUCCGAAAACAGAAGUGACCUAAAAUAACGCACCCUGCUUAUGUAAAACACAAACAUCCAGGGAAGACAGGCAUUGCAAAUGUAAACAUUUCAGUGUCAGAACUUCUGCAUAUAAAUGACAGCAUAGCUUGUCGGCAUUGCUCAUUCAUUCAUCGCAUAAUCCCUAAGGUAUAGUUAUCUUAAAAGGAAGUACUAGUAUUUACCAAUAAGCCAUUUGAUUAUACAACUUGCACUAUACUCAUACCUCUCACGUGCCUUUCGUUGCAGGCAGCAUUUUGUAUUCUGUAACCUGAAUCUGUGAAACCAGUUAUACUAUUUAUCCUAGAUAGUUAGACCAGCGCUAGUACACAUUGUACUAAUUGGAACAAGAAGAACAUGAACAAGCUCGGUUUAGUCACUUGCAUGGCAAUACAAUGUCCUGAAGAGCAGAAUUGUGUGCCACUGAGCAAUGCCACGAGUUAUCAGAUAGAACGGCUCCUUUAAUACAAGGCUGGUUUGCAUUCCCACAGCUGCUGGAAAACGUGACUGUGGAAAAAUCAAACGCUGCAUUGCGUGACUUUAAAAUGAGCUAAAAACCCAACAAUCAUUUAAGAGAGAAGGAUACGGAGAAAAUACUUUUUUUUUUUAAAGGGUUAACAUUUUUUUAAAUGAUUUACGGAGACCUACCUACCUGCUGCUUCCCCGCCCUGAAAAAAAAACAAAAAAACAAGGAGCCUGAGAGGUAUACACAGUCUGAAUUACACAGGGCACGAUUCCAAUAAUAUUCUCUCUUUAAAAUUAAAAGAUCAGCUGCAUGACAUAGGACUGUAAUAUAUUUUGUUUUUACUGCCCACGAAAAUGUACAACAUGGCUCUGGACGUUUAUUUUGUAAAUAGCUGGUCUUUCCAGUAGAUUUGAAUAUUAUUUUUUAGAUUGUGUAAAUAAAUAAAAAAAAAUAGGAUACUUUUUUUAUUUUAUGAUACAUUUAGUGCCUAAACUAUUAACACAUUUCUUAGGAAAAAACUUCCUGAAUAAGGUUGCUGAAGCAGGAGAUGUUUGCAGAAUUCUCUGGUAAUGUUUUUUUUAUCCUUGAUGUUAAAAGACCUUUUGAAUUGAUGCCUGAGAAAUGCAUUUAAAAUAAGUUUUUUUUUUUUUGUUAGAUUCAUUUUUUUUUAAUUACCCAAAUGUUGUAACAAUUUAUGAUGUCGCAAGACUUUGAGAACAAGAUCGAUGGUGUGGUUGGUCCCUCGGUUCUGUUUUUUCUUUUGAAGUUUUGAGUUCCACUUGCAAAUCCUUGUACAAAACUAAAAGUGAAUUCCAAAACUCUCUGUUUGUGAUUUGAAUAAUAAAACUCACUUUUACAACUGUC